AUGGGAAAAUAUAGUUGUGGAGAGGUUGUUCUUAGAGAAGAUGCGAACACGCAUGUGAGAUUGAUCACUUUGAAUAGACCUCGUCAAUUGAAUGUCAUCUCACCCAAAGUGGUUUCCCUGCUAGCUGAAUCUCUAGAGCAAUGGGAGAAAGAUGAUAACGUUGAGCUUGUUUUAUUCAAGGGAAAUGGACGUGCUUAUUCUGCUGGUGGGGAUUUAAAAGUGUUUUAUGAUGGAAGGGAUUCGUAUGAUGCAUGCCUUGAGGUUGUGUACAGGAUGUAUUGGCUGUGUUAUCACAAUCACACCUACAAAAAAAACCAGGUGGCUCUUGUUCAUGGAUUCUCAAUGGGUGGAGGUGCAUCACUGAUGGUCCCAAUGAAGUUCUCAGUAGUCACAGAAAAAACGAUUUUUUCAAUGCCAGAAGCAAGUAUAGGAUUUCACACUGAUUGCAGUUUCUCCUACAUUCUUUCUCGUCUCCCUGGGUCUUUGGGUGAAUACUUGGCCUUAACAGGCGCUCGACUUAACGGGAUAGAGUUAGUUUCAGUGGGUCUUGCCACUCAUUAUGUCCUUUCCGAGAAAUUGCCUGAGCUUGAGAAGCGCCUGAUAGAUUUAAAUUUAGGAGAAGAACACGCAGUCAAAUCAGUGAUUGAAGAAUUCUCCUUAGAUGUUAAACCUGAUGCAGGCAGCAUCUUAAACAAGCAGGCAACGAUUGACAAGUGUUUCUCAAAGGGGUCACUAGAGGAGAUAUUUGAAUCAUUCGAAUCUGAGGCAAAGAAUGAAGAAAAUGAAUGGAUUCCUGCAGUGCUUAAGGGCUUGAAGAGAUCGGCCCCAACAGGAUUAAAAAUAACAUUAAGAUCGGUUCGAGAAGGAAGGGAGCAAACUCUACCCGAGUGUCUGAAGAAGGAAUUCAGGCUCACAAUUAACAUACUAAGAAAAUUAAUAUCUGGCGACCUCUAUGAGGGUAUUAGAGCCUUGACAAUUGACAAAGACAAUUCCCCGAUGUGGAACCCAGCUUCUUUGGAGGAGGUAACCAGUGAGAAGUUAGACCUGGUUUUCCAGCCUUUCAAGGAAGACUUGGAGCUUUUCAUUCCCACCGCAGCAGAAAGCAGAAGGGAUGGCAAGUAUGAGAAUUCAGUCUAUGCUAGCUCAAACACAACACUGGCUCCAAAUCCUUAGUCAGUAGUGAGGUUUUCUUUGGCCAUGAACUUUCCAUGUUUUGGUUAAAACGUGUAAAAUUACCUACUAAAUAUUAUGAAAAAGAGAGAAAUAAAGUAAAAUGGUAUGUCUGAAUUGCUCAUCUUGACUCGCCUUUGUUUCAGUUGUUUGUUAUCCUCCCACGUCUUUCCUGUGGCUGAAUAUCUACUUGUAAGCUUUAUACAUGGCUUCCGUACUCUGUAUGUAUUUAGUUCUUUUGUUGUUUCCUAGUCAGUUGGUAUCAUGAAGUAGAUUCAUAGAAAAUACGUCAGCUUUGAGUUUCAAUCGUUUUUUAUUCUGUUUUUAUUUGUUUAAGACUCAACUAACGAGCUUUGAGUUUCAAUCGUUUUUUAUUCUGUUUUCAUUUGUUUAAGACUCAACUGACGAGCUUUGAGUUUCAAUCGUUUUUUGUUCUGUUUUCAUUUGUUCAAGACUCAACUGAAGAUGUGUAUAAACAUCUCCGGCUCUUUGUUAUAGAAAAAGGAACAAGUUAUAACAGCUGUGAAUUUUCGCUCUCCCAUGUAAACAACAUGAUUGCAGAAGAAAAUGAUCAUCUUGCCAUAGAAAAACA